AAAGCAUGAUAUAACACUCGAUAACAUGAUACGGUUGGAACAACGUGCAUGAAUAGUCAACUCAAUAAGAAAGUGAUAGUAUAUAACGAUACACAAUAAACUUCACUGAGAGUGUUACACCGGUUACGACUGGGUACUUAGUCAUUUGAUCUGUAUUCCGCUAAUCGAACAGUACUUCUCUCUUUUCUAUUAUAUUGCAAUGAAUUGAUUCUCUGACUGAUAAAAUACUGAUAUAAGCAAUAAUAUUGAAUUGAUUGACUAUUCUUAUAUUGCUAUGUGUCAAUCGUUAUAACUUAAAUAAUAUUAAUAUAUCUCAGCAGUACUAGUAAUUUACAGUAGACAACAAAGGAAGAAUUUCUUCUGUUUUGCAAAACUAAAUAGCAAGGUUCAAAAUAUUAUUAGAAAAACACAAUGUUUUGUAAGCCUUUGUAAUACUAAACUCGUACUUUUAUCAUAAAUUCAUAGUGUUAUAACUAAUAUCAUCCUAACUGAAACAAAAUUUAUUGUUAUGACUAAGAAUAAAAUGUAUAACAGAAAAAUAAAACAACACGUCAUAUAUAAAUGAUAUAUGCAAAAAAGAUACGUAAACAAAUUCAAUUACAGUUUGACCAGAUACAUCAGAAAAAGGGUGUGGGGUGUGGGGUGUGUGGGUGUGGGUGUGGGUGUUGUCCUCCCUUUAUUGACCCACACCCACACCCACACCCACACCCAAUAUUUGUUCAUUGUUUUUCUCAUGCAAGAAUGUCAUCAUUUUAUGUAUUUAAAGUGAUAUAUAUUUAUCUUUUCUUAUCUAUUAAUUUUAAUAUAAUACAAAGUUUUAUUUUUCUAAUAGAUUUUUAGUUAUUAAUGGAGUUUUACUGCAUUUAUAUCAUAUUUUCUUAAUUAUCCAAAAUACACUUCAAUAUCAUUUAGUUAUACUCAAAUUUAUUUAGAUUUAGCUAUUUUUAUAGUAAGUUAAUUGUUAUUUAAAACCAAUAUAUUUAAAAAGAAACUUUAAGUCAAAUGAAAUUGGUAAUUUAUCAAGACAUUUACUUCUUCGUGAUCUUCGUUCACCUGGUACAAAUGAACGUUGUAUACCAUAUUCAAAUAAAAAAAAAACAUUUACAAAUUUUGUUUUAUUUGAUUUCAUGUCCUAA